AUGAAGGGUUCAUUAUUAUUAGCUUGGCAAGUGAAGGAUAAACAUUGUUUAGUUAUAGGGUCAGGGGAUGUUGCUUUAUCAAGAAUCAAUCAUUUACUUAUAGCUCAAGCUAAAAUCACUGUCAUUACAGGUGAUGGACAUAUUCAUGCAGAGAUAUCGGAUUUAGCUAAAUCCGGGGAAAUAACAUUAAUAAAUAGAAAUUAUCAAGAUGAAGAUUUGAAAAUGUAUGAAAAACUUCAGGUGGAUCUCGACUAUAAGAAUAUUAAUAUAGAUGACUAUUCCAAAAUAAGUCAAUUAGUUAAUGAAACUUUUGCAUGUGUGCUUUGUUGCAUUGAUGAUUAUGAACUAAGUACUAAAAUCUAUUAUCAAUGUAAACUUUUAAGAUUACCAGUCAAUAUAGCAGAUAAACCACCAUUAUGUGAUUUUUAUUUUGGAAGUAUGAUUAAUCAAGAUAAUUUACAAAUAAUGAUUAGUACAAAUGGGAAAUCACCAAGGCUUUCGAAACUUAUAAAAGACAAUAUUGCUAAACAAUUUGUUGGAGUUGAUUUAAAUAAUUCUAUAGAAAAUUUGGGAUUAAUUAGGGCUAGACUAAGAGAGCUAAUAUUAAUUGAUGAUGACUUAGUAACAAUUGACACUAGAAUGAAUUGGAUUAAAACAUUGACAGAUUUUUUUACUGUAAAAGAAUGGAGUCUACUACAUUUAACACAAGAUCAAGCUGAUAAAAUCAUAAAAUCAUUUCCAAAUUUCCCACCUAAACAAUAUGACGAGUUUCAAACUUAUAUAUCUUCAUGA